GAGUGUGUGUGCCCAGCGAUGGGUUGGCACGUCCAGGGUGUAUCCUGCCUUGAUGCCCGAUGACGCCUGAGAUAGGCACAGGCUCCCUGUGACCCGAGUAGUUGAUAAAAAAUGAAUGAAUCUUCAAACUCUCCACAAACGAGGUAUGAGAAGAGCAUGUGGUGCAAAAUUUAAAGCUCUCUAAAGGUACUGAAUAAAUACAUCACACAAAUGUCUCUAAAUAUGUUUUUGCCUAGUUUGGUUGUGGUGCUCGUGUUAAUUUCAAUGCAGACGUUCUUGGCUGGCACAAAAAAAAAGUUCACAGUCUUAUUAUCCAAGUUUUGAAACAUUUUUUCACAUAUUUUCAAUGUUUCAAAUUUUACUACAUAUUACAGAAAUAUACAGUGCCCAGACCCAUGCAAACUAAGAGAGCUAAUCUUUAAUUUCCCCUCAUCUUGCCUCAUACACUGAUGAUUUUUAAAGGUUUCUCCCUCAUGUACCAUGGCACGGUAUCCAAUUAAUGUAUAGAUAAUAGAUCUCAAUUCAUCUAAAGAAAUACGUCUUCCUGUGAAUGCGCAGUACACAAAAAGUUGGUAGAGCUCAUGUUUUGUAAUUAGAGAUUUUCUGUUCAAUUUGAGGUUGUAGUAAAUUGUCCUAUUGAGUGAUGAGACACUAUUUUCCCAGAACAUGAAUUCACUCUUUCACCUGAACAAAUUUAUGGUAGAAGGAGCAGAAAUGCAAGGUUAAUAUCAGCAUUGUACCAUGCUGUAAAUCGAAUUGAUCCAUAAACAGAGUUUCAUAUCCCUUUUUAUCUGAAAACCCAUUGUAUCAUUUAUAAUAAGUUUCUUCCUUUUUGUGGUGCCAUGAGAGAAAGUCAUCCUUGGUGAACCAAACAGAGGCUUACAGUUUGCCCCUGAAAACUGAUUAUCAUUCUAUGCAUAAUGGAGAGUUCUGAUGAAGAGCAGUUUGAAGACGCCAAAGAUUUUUUGGACGAAGAUCUACAAAUAAAUCUUUCUGAAACACAGUCUGCGACGCCACAGCUAAAAGAGGAUACAGUCACUCCAGAAGACGUUCCUGCACCAUAUGACAUUUUAGUGCAGUCCAUUGGGACUGAUUUUGCUAGACUUCAGUGGAAAUGUGUAAACAGCAUAUCAGCCUUUGAGCUGAGGUGCUCCAGCAGCACAUCCUCAAGCAUCCAGACCCUUGCACAUCAUUAUGCUGAAGUGUCAGGACUGUGCCCAGGCACUGAGUACACUUUUACUGUGGUUGCAGUCUCAGAAAAUGGAAAACAGAGUUCUGCAGCCAAAGUCUCUGCAUAUACAAUUCCAAACCCACCUGAAAACAUCACGGUUGAGAGUAUUGGUAGUACAUCAGUUACACUAUCCUGGCAUCCACCUGCUACCUUAGAGAAGAGGUACCAUGUGCUGUGUUCCCACAAUGGAACAACUGUUCAUGAAGAAGAAACAGAAACUAACACACUAGUUAUCGAUAACCUGUCUCCAGGAAAAACAUAUUCCUUCCACAUUGCAACAGUGAUCAAAAAUGGCAGCACGAGUGCGACAGCUGUGUUAGAUACUCUUACUCCAAGCAAUCUUGAGCGAUUUCUUCAUGACUUGGGGCUGAAACAACACCUCAUUGAUAAACUCUCACUGAGUUCUGUACUACAGAUAGACAAGAGCACAGUGACAGAUGAUCCAGCACAGACUCAAUCAGAUUUACCAAGGCUUUUCCUCAAGAAAAUUAUGAUGGUCAAUGUGACUGCAAGAAGUGUCAAAUGUGCUCCAACUACUGAUGAUGAAGAUUUGAGUUUGGAUUUGUAUAGAGAUCUGGAGAGCCUUGACCUCAACCAGGACCUUAGUCAUAAAAUAAAUCCUUUAGACAUCAUAACUGCACUCUUCCUUUGCUCAGACAAUUUUCUUCAACAAGAGAUUGCCUUCAAAAUGUCUAUGUGCCAGUUCUCUGUGCCUUUACUGCUUCCUAAUUGUGACACACAGCAGAGCAUGCUCAUGCUUUGGGCCUUAAGAGAUAUUGUGAAGAAAUACAGACCACACUCCUUGUCUGAUCCAAGAGGGUUUGUGGAAGACAGGAUUGUUCUUGCUGAACUACCUUUGGUGUCCUUUGUAAGACUUGGAGACUGUAGUAUUUCCAAAUCUCAAAUCUUGAACAAACUGCUCAGUAAUCCACAGCAAUAUCAUGACACAUUUGUGCACCGUGACAUGGACUGUGGAGACAUCCCAAGAAAAAUAUCAAAUGGUAUGGUGGAGAUCAGCUGGUACUUACCUUGUGGAAGUAAAAACAUAGACAUCUUCCCAGAACCUUUGGCUAUUGCAAACCUGAGAGGGGACAUAAGUACAUUUGAAACUCAGUACUCAUUCCUGUGUCAGAUUUCUACAGCAGUUUUUGUAUUCUUUGACAAUUUUGAAACCAACUAUCAGCUACUCACCAAUACAAAUGUAAAAGCACAGUUGUUUUUGGUGGGAAAUGCAAACACCAAAGCCUUCAAUCUGGAUUUGUUGAAAAAAACAGCUGCUGCAUUGAAGUUGAAAAGAAACAACAUCAUUCUCAAGACAAAACAAAAUGAUGCAGAUUUUGUCACAAAUUUGUGUUCUGCUGUGAGCGAUGUUGUUAAAAACAGUUCUAUGAAAGUACAACUUGAGAAGAUGAUCACUGUUGCACAUGAAUUUGGAAUUUUGAUUGAUGAAGACAACAAGGAGUGCCAACAUGCAAAAGAAAAUGCAAAGGAAAUUAACAGCAAGAUUCAGGACUCAAUAAAGUUCAAGGAAGAACAGCUCCCUUUGCAGGGUGAGAUCUGGAAGAAACUGGGAAAAAUAGAGAAAGAGGAGUGUAGGCUUCGUAAAGCUGGGGAUAAGAACAUUGAGGAAUAUAAAGGAGAACUUACUGAACAGAAGAUAAAACUCAGGAAGCAGCAAAGCAGCUAUGAAAUGUCAGAAGCCAUGUCCUGCUUCAUAAGUGCACUGUCAAGUUCAACUCUUGAGAGAUCCUUCUUCCUGAAAUGGAUGCGAAUGAAUUUGGACAAUUUAUCCCGUGAAAAUCUGUCCAAACUUAGAGAAAAGUACAAGGAGAAAUGUCAACAAUCAUCUGAGAAGAAGGAGGAGAUCGCAAUACUGGACAAGCAGAUCUCAAACAGUGCUUUAGGAACUGAACACUUUUUGAGGGAAAUGGGGCAGCUGUAUGAAGCUGCUGUCUCCCUUCCAGAAAAUAUACAAUCACGAGAACAAAUGCUACACUUACCUAAACUGUGUGCUGAGCUCCUUUUAGAUGGAUUCCCUCUUGAACUAGUUGAUGGAGAUGCUUCAAAUAUACCCCUGAGGUGGAUUAGUGAUGUACUGAAAGAGCUGAAUACUUUAGUGCAACCCAAGAAUAAGAUCAUGGUAGUCACAGUAUUAGGAGUGCAGAGCACAGGAAAGUCUACCCUGUUAAACACCAUGUUUGGGGUUCAGUUUGCAGUCAGCAGUGGAAGAUGCACACGAGGAGCGUUCAUGUUGAUGAUCAAAGUCACUGACAGCUUCAGAGAAAAAGUUAACUGUGAUCAUUUAGUGAUCAUUGACACUGAGGGACUGAAAUCUCCUGAGCUGGCACAGCUCGAUGACAGCUAUGAACAUGACAAUGAACUGGCUACACUUGUUGUUGGACUGAGUGAUAUUACCAUCAUCAAUAUUGCCAUGGAGAACUCCACAGAAAUGAAGGACAUUCUGCAGAUUGUGGUGCAUGCAUUCCUCAGGAUGAAGGAAGUGGGCAAAAAACCCAUGUGUGCAUUUGUGCACCAGAAUGUAGCUGAUGUAUCAGCACAUGACAAAAACAUGAGAGACCGGAAGCUUCUUUUAGAGCAGCUGAAUGAGAUGACCGAGGCAGCAGCCAAGAUGGAAAACAAAGAAAUGUACAAGAAGUUUACUGAUGUAAUGGCGUAUGAUCCAGAGACUGGUAACUGGUAUAUACCUGGGCUCUGGCACGGAAACCCACCAAUGGCACCAGUGAAUGCAGGCUACUCUGAGGCUGUGUAUGACUUCAAAAAGAACAUAACCAACGUUCUUGUUAACAAAAACAUAUCUACCAACAACAUUGAAGAAUUUCUGGAGUGGACAAAAAGUUUAUGGAAUGCAGUAAAAUAUGAAAAUUUCAUUUUCAGCUUUAGGAACAGCUUGGUAGCUGAUGCAUACAUGAAGCUGUGCACUGAAUUCCAUAAAUGGGAAUGGUCUUUUAAAAAGGACAUGUAUAAGUGGUUAACAUCUGCUGAAACCAGAGUGUCCAAUUUUGAGAUAAUGAAAUCCAAAUCUGACAAGACAAACCUGCAAGAUUUACUGAGGAAACUGAAAGAUGAGGCCUCUUCAGAACUUGAUAAAUUGGAAAAGACCAUUUUGGAGAACCUCAACAAAUACUACGAGCAAACAGAGGGUCAUGUCUAUCUCGUGGAAAAGUACAAAGAAGACUUUGUAAACAGUGCAAAAUCUCUCAGGAGGGAAACAGAAAACUCAGUGCUGAACAAACUGGAGGCAGUUAUUGAGAUUAGGAAAGGUAAGAAUAAUUUGGACAACAUCAAAAAAACACACACUGACAAAAUGGAGAAUAAAGUGCUCAAACUUCUGGAGGAGCUCCGGAAAAACAGACAUUCAGAAAGUAUGUCUGAAGAAGAGCUUAACAACAUAUUUGAAAACAUAUGGGAGGAAACAGUUAGAGAGCUGUCCUUUACUGGCUUGCGUAGACGAACCAUAUCUGACAGUGUUUUUAAGCAGUUACGAAUGAACAUGAAACAAAAAGGAAGUUCUGUCACUCAAAGGUUAAACAGAGUGAAUCUGGAUCAAUACGGCAAAGAGAAAUAUGUUGUAGCAGCAGAUAAUUUUUUUAAAAAAACUUUAGAAAUGAUGAAUGUUUAUAAAUUUGAACAAACAAGGAGACUGCAACAGUUGGCAGACAGUGCCAUUGACGCAUGUAUGCAGUCAAUUAAUGACAAGAAAGAAAGAAAAUCAGAUUAUCAUGACACCUACAUUCAGGAGAUCCUACAUAAAAUUGACACAAAAUUGACUUCAUUAAAGAAACUGAAAGUUUCAGAUGAAUUUGAACUGUCCCUAAAGCUGCACAUUUGUGCUAUCUCUGCGAGAGAAUUCCAGGCCAUGCAUGACAGUUUUAAUGAAGAGAACGACCCACGCCGAUGUCUCGAGCAAUCCAAAGAGAAGUACCGUGCUGAUUUUAAAGAUCUGUUCAGUAAUCGUGAUCAGUGUCAGAAGAAGGCUGCAGAAUUCGCACUGUUCUGCCUCAGUCCUGCAGUUGAGACAUUCAUAUGUAACUCACUGGGACUAGACAUUAUUGACACAAUGCUGCAAGGGGAAAAUGCAUUUCAAUUUAGCACACGUUCAUUUUUCCAGUUCUCUAUUCUAAAACAACUUCUGGAUGACAGUAAUUUUGAGAACUAUGUGAGCUACAUAAGUUCUUAUGAACGCUUUGUUAAAGACUGGAUAUUAAAACAAAUCGAAGUCAGAUUUUCUAAAGGAAACAAACUUUUUGAGCUGGAAGAGCAGCAUCUCAAAGGAGCUAUUAUGGAGAUAAAAAAGGCCAUCAGAAAAGCACAACAAGAGACAGAUGAAGAUGAAAACAUUAAGGGAUUUAUUCAGAACAUUUGCAGAGAGCUUGGAAAAAAACUUGUCAUUACAAAUUAUGCAGCAGUCAUGGUGUUGAACAACGCCAAACAGGAACAAUUUUCCCACUGGCUCAUGCAGUCUGUGGAGGAAAUGCAAGAAUCUCUGAAGACUAAAUUCAAGAAGGAAGUCAUUCUGAGAAAACUGAAAACACUCAAAAUCAAACCACAGGAUGAGCUGUUCAAGCGUGUAUUUGGCUGCGGGAAACAGUGUCCAUUCUGUAAAGCACCAUGUGAGGCAGGAGGAGAAGCUCAUACACAUCACUCUGCUUCUGUACACAGACCUCAAGGACUUGGGUUAUACAGGUUUGAGCACUCGGUGAAAUUAAUCACCAACAUUUGCUCUACUGAUGUGAACACUGAAGCCCAGUUCAGAUGCCUAGAGACCAACCAUGUGUUCCAUCCUUACAAGAAAUACAGGGAGAUCUUUCCGGACUGGCACAUCCCUGCAGAUCCCAGCAUAGAGGCCUCAGACUACUGGAAAUUUGUUAUGGCAAAAUUUAAUGAUCAGUUUGCGCAAGCGUAUAAUGCAAAACCUGCAGAUAUUCCCCCAGUGUGGAAAAAAAUCAAAAAGAAAGCAGCAGAAAAUAGUCUGAAGGAGUGUUUUAGUAUCAAAUAAAUACCAGUGAAAAAUCAUAAGUAUAAAAGUGAUUAAAGAAAACUUUUUUUGUGAUUUCAAAA